AUGUGGCCUUCAGUACCAGCUUACAGAAGCUUCGCCAACAUAGCAUGUCCUUCGGGUGCAAAGUGUGAGCUGCCUCACUGCAUCUUCGGUCACGAUUCUACAAAACCCACUGCAUCACGACGAUCUCCAUCGCCAGCUGCAGCAACAUAUGAUUCGGAGCCAAUCGCGAAGAGACUGAAGCUUGACCACGACCAGAAAGCACCCACUACCACCAAGCCUACGCCAGCCCAGAACACGCCCGAUGUCUCGGUCAGCACAGACAUACCCAGGAUCAAGACACCGAUAACAAACAAUGGGCCUGCGGCUGCUAACCCUGCCCCUAAAGCAUCUGUCGCGAAUGCCACUACCUCUACUCUCCCUAAGUCUGCCACGCGGCCAGUAUCACCACCCACGGCUGCAACUGCGCCCAAGGCUGCCGUCAAACCCGACGUUCCUGUUACUUUGAUGCCACGCAAACUCAACAAAGAACCAGCCACGUUCACCAAACGGGUUGCUUUACUCAAGGCGCUUCAUUCCUACAUGAAGCCGCAGAACGAUAAGCUCCUCAAAGCAGUCAAGCCUGAGAUCAAAGCGCUGCAUCUAUCCGCAAACCAGCUCAACAAGCUAGCAGUUGACGAAGAAGAAAGGAUAGCUACAUCAAAUCCCUCGGUAUACGAGAACAUACUCAAGCAACGAUUGGUCAAGUUAAAAGGCAUGCCAGCAGAGGAAUGGGUAAAGGAACGGCGCGAUGCGGUAGCCAAGGAGAGUGGGGAGCCACCAAAGAAAGCACCGCCUAAGAGAAUAGACACGGGCCUUACAGCGAAAGAAGAGAUGACGUUCCUCCCCAGGCUUGUGUGCCCGCAGGAUGGAUUAGACCAGCACGGCUAUGUGACCAAGGUACCUGCCGAGGCCGAUCUUAACGAGACAAAGCUGGCGCUCGAAGCAGCUGGUGGCUGGGAGCAAUGUGACCGUUGCAGCACCCGAUUCCAGGUCUUCUCAGAGCGACGAGAAGAAGAUGGAGCGCUCACAACAGGAGGGCAGUGCAAGUAUCACUGGGGCAGGCGCGUCUUUCCUAGGAAAACAAGAGGCGUCGCCCCAGAACCUACAAAGUUCAGUUGCUGUAACGGGGAGGUAGGAUCACCGGGCUGCACCACGCAUCCUUCCCAUGUGUACAACAUCAAAGACCCAAAUCGACUGUCACUCAUUAUGCCCUUUAUCGAAACGCCGGAGAACGACAAAGUACCGAAGGACACCGCUGUUUGUUUCGACUGCGAGAUGGGCUAUACCACCAAUGGCCUUGAGAUGCUGCGUCUCACAGUCAUCACAUGGCCACAGCACAAACCUCUUGUCGACGUACUGGUCCGCCCUCUUGGACACGUCUUGGACUUCAACACCCGUUUCUCUGGUAUCACCGCAGACCAGUUCCUGAACGCGAAGCCAUAUGACCCUGAAAAUCCGAAACCCGUCCGUAAAGACCUCCGUAUCGUCGAAUCACCCCACGCAGCGAGAGACCUCUUUCUCUCCCACGUCUCUCCCACCACCCCAGUCCUUGGUCAUGCGCUCGAAAACGAUCUCAAUACCAUUCGCCUCGUCCACCCCACCAUCAUCGACACCGUACUCCUAUAUCCAAACCCAAGUGGUCUCCCCUUCCGUUUCGGCCUGCGAAAACUAGCAUCAGAUCAUCUUGGCGAGCAAAUCCAACAAGGAGGCGCUGCCGGCCACGACAGCUACGAGGAUGCGCGCACCACGGGCGAAUUAGUCCGAUGCAAGAUCAAGGAGAGGUGGAAACUUUUGAAGAUCGAUGGCUGGCAGAUUAGAGAUGACGGCGUGUAUCCGCCUAUGCCGGCUGAGAAACCGCCGGAGCAGGCGCCAGUGGCGCCAUCCAUGGUGCCAGAGGCGAAGAUGGCAGUUCUGGAAGGAAAUCCAGCGCCGAAGAGGAAGGCGGAGGAUGAGAAGGGUGACAAGGAGCCGGAUGCGAAGGAGCAGGGAUGA